CCAGCGCCGUGGCCGCAGAGCGGAACGUAGUGGAUCUUACGGCGGUGGAGGCGGUGGGAUGGCGGGAGGCGGCGCAAACGGCUCUGCGGGAUGGCCGCCUGGCAGACCGACUCUCCAACAUCAUCGACGCCCUCGAGUUGCUCGCGGCCAUUUGCGAUGACACGACCACGUGCAGAACGCUAGGCCGAUCCCUAGCCAUCGUGGGCUACCUGCUGGCCGGUCUGAACAACGGCGUCGACAUCGCCCAUGGCGACAUCUUGCUGGCCACGCGCGAUCGGAGUAGCACUGCAUCGAAUACGCAGGCGCUGUCGCUCACAGAGAUCCGCGUGCACCUUCUGAUGCUCAAGUUCGCCAGGGCUGACAUGGACCUCAUUGCUGGAG